UACGCUUUCCUGCAGGGCUCGCAGUAGUGUUUAUGUUUCGUCUCGCGAUUUUGUUAGAAUCUUUUCCAGUGAUAAAUUUUGAAAAUAAUACGUGAAAAUAUCAAAGCUUUCUAAAGUGUUAGCAAUAUUUUGCGUAACUUAAUAUCAAGGUACAAGCUAGUGUACUCGGCGAAACGAUUUUCGGGAAUCAAUCGGCGUUUCGGAUCCUUUUGUUAGGUCAGUUUGCGGGGCAAUAAAAGUGGCGUACGUGAUUUUCGCUGUACGCAGUAAAAAAAAGUGAGUGCAAAAGCUAAAAGCAAACAAAUCUCAUUCGGCGAAGAAACAAAAAAUCAACACAAAUUGCAACAAUCCGAGGACGCCGUAGAUGCCGGUAACUGGAGGCGUCCGGAAGGAGUAUCGAUUUUACACGAACCGAUUGCCAGGAGUCAGCACAAAGGAAUGGCAGUAGGGUCACUGUAGGAAGGAUAUACCCUUUGGCCCGUGCACAUACAGUUCUGCUACAGUUUUACAUUUAAGAACCUCAUUGUUAACAACGAUGCCUAGUGAAGAAGUACAACAGCAACAACAGCAAUCUCAACAGCAGCAACCUCAGGCGAAUCAAGCGGAUCAAGCGAUACUGGCGAGGGCACCGCCAGACGAGGAAGAGGAAGAUGACGACGAGGAUGAUGACGAGGCAACCGGAGGUGAUCCCACGGAUGGAGCUCGUAGCUAUUCUAGCACACAGGUUGCAUCAGCUGGGGGUGGUUUCUACGAGGAGGAUGAAGAAGAAGAGGAAGACGAAGGAGAGGAACAACCCGGUCUGAGGCAGCUUUUCGCGCCAAUCCGUACGUUAUCUAUCAAUCUUCUACCCAUUCUACAACCCAACCUAAAUACGAUCAUCUCUUCAGCGGACACACAAGCGCAGAGCGAAGACGAAGAAGAUGGGGACUACAUUCCGGACGAGGAAGUCAAAAAGACCAUCAUGGUGGGGAGCGACUUCCAAGCGGUGAUACCGGAGGGCCUCUGCCGGUACGACGACGCGUUGCCUUACGAGAACGAAGACAAACUGCUGUGGAAUCCGACGGUGCUCGGCGAGGAUCUCAUCGAAGAGUAUUUGAAAAAAAUUGCCGCUGCGGCGAGCAGUAAUACAGGGACCCCGCACACGAACAGUGUGUUCUCAAUACCGCUGGGUAAGCACCUGCGGGACGACGAACAGGGACUGUACCUGUUGCAGCAGUGUGGCCACAACGUUGACGAAGCUCUGCGGCGGAAACGGAUAAACGCGGUUCCGGUUGCCGAGCAGCAGAUGAGCAUAUGGUCCGAGGAGGAGUGUAGGAAUUUCGAAAACGGUCUCCGGAUACACGGGAAAGACUUCCACAUGAUACAACAAUCGAAGGUUCGCACCCGGUCCGUAGGCGAAUUGGUGCAAUUCUACUACCUGUGGAAGAAAACCGAACGGCACGACCUAUUCGCCAACAAAGCACGACUCGAGAAGAAGAAGUACAACCUCCAUCCAGGGUUGACGGACCACAUGGACCGGUUCCUGGAGGAGCAAGAAAAUAGCACCGGUUUCGGCGAUAGGAGCUCGUCGCCCGGUUUCGCUAGUUUGUACGGUGGCACCCCGGAAGCCAAGCGACAACGUCUGAUGGAUUCGAAAGACCACUCAGCCAGCACAGGAUCUUCGAAAAGGUCUUCGUCAGCACUGUGACUUGGUCCUGCGGUGUUUCCCUCUGGGAGGGCACCACUAGCUAAGUAAACAUAACAUCAUUCACACCGGGCAGAACCGACAGUCAGUGGUGUACAGCAAAAGGCAAGCACAAGGUAGUAGUAGGUAACUGGAGUAGCUGUACGCCAUCACACGACGGAAGCAAAAAAUAAGAAAGGGAAAACUUGCAAUGCAGCACCGUAUAUUGCACUCUUAAAGCUGAAAGACUUGACUAGAAGUGGAAGAGCCCUUUAGGGCAAUGGAAAACAGCAAAAAAGGACAACCGAACUUUCGAGAAAGUAGGUAUAGGUAGGGCACCUAACGUGGCAGUGCUAGAACUGCCAGCUCUUUGUUCUGAGAUAGAUUUUCGUUUUACGUUUUCUUCGCUUCUGUGCACACACCGGAGACGCAUUGUGUGAAGAAAGUGCUAUUUAACUGUAUUAAGUUAUAAAAGUGAUUCAGUUUUAUUGACACAUUUUUGAAAUGGAAAGUAUUUGUUGACAGAGUCGUCGAACGAGAUCGUUGAGGGUUGAGCAAUCGCUAUACAGCGCGUCAUAGAAGAUAAUAUAAGAUUCCGAAUUGGAUACAGAUAUUACCUCUUUCGUAAAACAUUACUCUAAACUUUAGGAAUCGAAUCGAAAUUGGAUAUACUAGGAAUUGGAGAAGGUAAACGAAAAAUUAACUUAACGUGGAUGUAACAAAUUGUGCAGACAAAAUUAUCAAAAUUACACUGAACAUGCAGAUGCAUGCAAAAUAUAGUCCAAAAUCAAAAGUUAA